CUUGGCCAAUGAAGAAGCCACUAAAAUCGCGAAAUUAACCAGUCUGACUAGUUUGUCCCUGCGGCCGCCUCGUAGGCGGCGGCCCAGCGCGUUUCCCGGGACCACAUUGCCAUGGCUGCCGGCGGUGGCGUCGCUUCCAGCGAAACGCUGCGUUACGCCGAGUACUCGCAGCCUACGGGGAAACUGCCGGACGCCGAACUCGACCACCGACUGGCAAGAAGUUUGAUAGCUGUAGGACUGGGUGUUGCAGCUCUUGCAUUUGCAGGUCGCUAUGCAUUUCAGAUCUGGAAACCUCUAGAACAAGCAAUUACAGACACUGCAAGGAAGGUUUCAUCUUCUAGCCUUUCGUCCUACUAUAAAGGAGGAUUUGAACAGAAAAUGAGCAGGCGAGAAGCUAGUCUCAUUUUAGGUGUAAGCCCCUCUGCUGGCAAGGCCAAGAUUAGAAUGGCUCACAAGAGAAUCAUGAUUCUGAAUCACCCAGAUAAAGGUGGAUCUCCUUACUUAGCAACCAAAAUCAAUGAAGCAAAAGACUUGCUGGAAGCAACCACCAAAUAUUGAUUGAUGCUCAAGAGCCAGUUUGAAGGAAAAAAAUAGAGGACUUAAAAAAAAUAGUCCUGCCAAUUAAUCUGAAAUAUGGUCUUGAUUUUCAUACACCUAUUGACCAUAACCUUUUUUCCAUCCUUCAAUUAUAUAAUAAUAAAAGGUUAAUAGACUUGC